AUGAGCCCACCCUGGAAGAGGAACGGCCUCCCCCUGACCAUUCUUGUCAGUUUCCUGGUGGGCCUGAUCUUUGGUUCUAUCUUCUCAACCUUGGCGAUUGCGGCUAUCAACCAUAUCUACCUUAGCGUCAAUACCACCGGGACUGUACCUCUUACAAAUCACCUCAUUCCGUAUGUGUUGGAACAAGGUGAGCAUGAAGUGGCAUCUGCGGCGGACAACUACCAUCGUUCCCACUGCUUCUACACCUGGGAGGUGGUGGUGCGCGCGCUUCGCAAUCGCAGUCCCAUGGUGGAAGAAAUGAUGUCUUACGACCAUGUCAUGCACUGUAGGAUGAUGGUGCUGCAGCCUGUGCGGGUGAACUCAACCAUAGGUGUGGAAAUUCACCGAGAAUAUACGCGCUGUGCGUUUUACGAGACGUGGAUUCACAAUUUGCCGGAAGAUGAAUAUUCCUUCAGAGACUAA